AUGGAGGUGUCCGGCGGCCGCGAUCCUGGCGGCGACGGGGCAGGGGACAGUGCCCCGCCGGACCCCCUGGCGCACGGCGCCGCUGCGCCCAACUCUGGUCCCUGUGCAGCCGCCCGGGAGUCGGAGCGCCAGCUGCGCCUCCGCCUCUGUGUCCUCAACGAGAUCUUGGGCACCGAGAGGGACUACGUGGGCACCUUGCGCUUCUUGCAGUCGGCAUUCCUGCAUCGCAUUCGGCAGAACGCGGCGGACUCGGUGGAGAAGGGCCUGACAGAGGAGAACGUCAAGAUCCUGUUCUCGAACAUCGAAGACAUCCUGGAGGUUCAUAAGGAUUUCCUGGAGGCCUUGGAGUUUUGCUUACACCCGGAGCCUCAGUCUCAGCACGAACUUGGGAAUGUGUUCUUAAAAUUCAAGGACAAGUUCUGCGUAUACGAAGAGUACUGCAGCAACCACGAGAAGGCCCUGCGGCUGCUUGUGGAGCUGAACAAGAUCCCCACCGUGCGCGCUUUCCUCCUGAGCUGCAUGCUUCUCGGAGGCCGGAAGACCACGGACAUCCCUCUGGAGGGCUACCUGUUGUCUCCUAUUCAGAGGAUCUGCAAGUACCCCCUCCUCCUCAAGGAACUGGCCAAGAGGACCCCUGGCAAGCACCCCGACCACCCCGCGGUCCAGAGCGCCCUGCAGGCCAUGAAGACCGUCUGCUCCAACAUCAAUGAGACCAAGCGGCAGAUGGAGAAGCUAGAGGCCCUGGAGCAGCUGCAGUCACACAUCGAAGGCUGGGAGGGCUCCAACCUCACGGACAUCUGCACCCAGCUCCUCCUGCAAGGGACUUUGUUAAAAAUCUCCGCAGGCAACAUCCAGGAGAGAGCUUUCUUCCUCUUCGACAACCUGCUUGUCUAUUGCAAGCGGAAAUCCAGGGUCACGGGGGGCAAGAAAUCCACCAAGAGGACCAAAUCCAUCAACGGCUCCUUGUACAUCUUCCGGGGCCGAAUCAACACUGAGGUCAUGGAGGUGGAGAACGUGGAGGACGGGACAGCGGAUUAUCACAGCAACGGCUACACCGUCACCAACGGCUGGAAGAUCCACAACACGGCCAAGAACAAGUGGUUUGUCUGCAUGGCCAAGACGGCGGAGGAGAAGCAAAAGUGGUUGGACGCCAUCAUCCGCGAGCGGGAGCAGCGCGAGAGCCUGAAGCUGGGCAUGGAGCGCGACGCCUACGUCAUGAUCGCGGAGAAGGGGGAGAAGCUGUACCACAUGAUGAUGAACAAGAAGGUGAACCUCAUCAAGGACCGUCGGAGAAAACUGAGCACCGUCCCCAAGUGCUUCCUCGGCAAUGAGUUUGUUGCCUGGCUCCUAGAAAUUGGUGAAAUCAGCAAGACGGAAGAAGGAGUAAACCUGGGCCAAGCCUUGUUGGAGAAUGGUAUUAUCCACCAUGUCUCUGACAAGCACCAGUUCAAGAACGAGCAGGUGAUGUACCGCUUCCGCUAUGAUGACGGCACCUACAAGGCCCGGAGCGAGCUGGAGGACAUCAUGUCCAAGGGUGUGAGGCUUUACUGCCGUCUCCACAGCCUUUACACCCCUGUGAUCAAGGACCGCGAUUACCACCUGAAGACAUAUAAGUCUGUGCUGCCUGGGAGCAAGCUGGUGGACUGGCUCCUGGCCCAGGGUGAUUGCCAGACACGUGAGGAGGCGGUGGCGCUUGGUGUGGGGCUGUGUAACAAUGGCUUCAUGCAUCACGUGCUGGAGAAGAGCGAAUUCAAGGACGAGUCGCAGUACUUCCGCUUCCACGCGGACGAGGAGAUGGAGGGGACCAGCGGCAAGAACAGACAGCUGCGCAGCGACUUCAAGCUGGCAGAGAAUAUCUUGGCCAAGCGCCUGCUGAUCCUGCCCCAGGAGGAAGACUACGGCUUCGACAUUGAAGAGAAGAACAAGGCUGUGGUGGUGAAGUCAGUCCAGAGGGGCUCGCUGGCGGAGAUGGCCGGCCUGCAGGUGGGGAGGAAGAUCUACUCCAUCAACGAGGACCUGGUGUUCCUGCGGCCCUUGGCUGAGGUGGAGUCCCUCCUCAACCAGUCUUUCUGCUCCCGCCGCCCGCUGCGUCUCCUGGUAGCCACCAAGGCCAAAGAGAUCGUCAAAGUCCCCGACCAUCCGGAGGCCCUGUGCUUCCAGAUCCGGGGAGCAGCCCCGCCGUAUGUCUACGCAGUGGGGAGAGGCUCCGAGGCUGCGGCUGCAGGCCUCUGUGCCGGCCAGUGCAUCCUGAAGGUCAACGGCAGCAAUGUGAUGAAUGACGGAGCCUCAGAGGUCCUGGAGCACUUUCAGGCAUUCCGGAGCCGCCAAGAAGAGGCCCUGGGCCUGUACCAGUGGAUCUACCGCACCCAUGAGGAUGCGCAGGAGGCCCGGGAGGCUGCUGGCGAGGACCCCAGUGGCGAGGGGGCCCGAGAGGAAGACCAGCUCAACUCGGCCUUCCCCCUGAUGUCCCUGGGUCCCCAGCCGAGCCAGCACGAGGACAGCCCUUUGGUCAGCCUGACAGUGGACAACGUGCACCUGGAGCACGGCGUGGUGUACGAGUAUGUCAGCACCGCGGGCAUCAAGUGCCACGUGCUGGAGAAGAUGGUGGAGCCCCGCGGCUGCUUCAGCCUCACUGCCAAGAUCCUUGAGGCCUUUGCUGCCGAUGACAGUGUCUUUGUGCAGAACUGUGGGCGGCUCAUGGCCCUAAGCAGCAACAUGAGGACCAUGUCCCACUUCGAGUUCCGCAACAUCUGUGACACCAAGCUGGAGAGCAUCGGCCAGAGGAUCGCCUGCUACCAGGAGUUUGCAGCUGAGCUAAAGAGCAGGAUCAGCCCACCCUUCAAACAAGCACCCCUGGAACCCCAUCCGCUAUGUGGCCUGGACUUUUGCCCCACCAAUUGCCACGUCAACCUCAUGGAAGUAUCCUACCCCAAGACCACUCCCUCAGUUGGGAGGUCCUUCAGCAUCCGCUUUGGUCGCAAACCCUCCCUCAUCGGCCUUGACCCAGAACAAGGUCACCUGAACCCCAUGUCCUAUACCCAACACUGCAUCACCACCAUGGCUGCCCCAUCCUGGAAGUGCCUGCCUGCUGCGGAUGGGGACCCACAACGUCAGGGUCCCAACGACAGCAGCUUUGGGCCAGCCAAUGGAGCCCUUGGCCAGGAGGACCGAGGCCUGAGUUUCCUACUCAAGCAGGAGGACCGUGAGAUCCAGGAUGCCUACCUGCAGCUGUUUACCAAACUGGAUGUGGCCUUGAAGGAGAUGAAGCAAUAUGUCACUCAGAUCAACAGGCUGUUGUCCACUAUCACAGAGCCCACCUCCAGUGGGUCCUGUGACCCCGCCUUGGCCGAGGAGGCCUCCUCCCCACCGCUGGUCAGCGAAGAGAGCGAGAUGGACAGGACUGACCACGGUGGCAGCAAGAAGGUGUGCUUCAAGGUGUGCGAGGAGGAUCAGGAGGACUCGGGUCACGACACCAUGAGCUACCGGGACUCCUACAGUGAGUGUAACAGCAAUCGGGACUCUGUCCUGUCCUACACCAGCGUGAGAAGUAACAGCUCUUACCUGGGCAGCGACGAGAUGGGCUCCGGGGAUGAGUUGCCCUGUGACAUGAGGAUCCCAUCAGACAAGCAGGACAAGCUUCAUGGCUGCCUAGAGCAUCUCUUUAACCAGGUGGACUCCAUCCACACACUCCUCAAGGGGCCAGUCAUGAGCAGGGCUUUUGAAGAGACCAAGCAUUUCCCCAUGGACCACAGCUUACAAGAGUUCAGACAGAAAGAGGAAUGUACAAUCCGUGGCCGAAACCUGAUCCAGAUCAGCAUUCAGGAGGACCCCUGGAACCUCCCCAAUUCCAUCAAGACCCUGGUGGACAACAUUCAGAGAUACGUGGAAGAUGGAAAGAACCAGCUGCUCCUGGCCUUGCUGAAGUGCACAGACACGGAGUUGCAGCUGCGGCGGGACGGCAUCUUCUGCCAGGUGCUGGUGGCCGCCGUGUGCACCUUCUCCGAGCAGCUGCUGGCGGCCUUGAGCUACCGCUACAACAACAACGGCGAAUACGAGGAGAGCAGCCGGGACGCCAGCCGCAAGUGGCUGGAGCAGGUGGCGGCCACCGGCGUCCUCCUGCACUGCCAGUCCCUGCUCUCGCCGGCCGUGAAAGAGGAACGGACCAUGCUGGAGGACAUCUGGGUGACCCUCUCGGAGCUGGACAACGUCACCUUCUCCUUCAAGCAGCUGGACGAGAACUAUGUGGCCAACACCAAUGUCUUUUACCAUAUCGAGGGCAGCCGGCAGGCGCCGAAGGUCGUCCUCUACCUGGACAGCUACCACUUCUCCAAGCUGCCGUCCCGCCUGGAGAGCGGGGCCAGCCUGAGGCUGCACACCGUGCUCUUCACGAAAGCUCUGGAGAACAUGGAGGGCUCACCUCCUCCAGGCAGCCAGGCUGCGGAAGAUUUGCAGCAGGAGAUCAACGCCCAGUCUCUGGAAAAGGUUCAGCAGUACUACCGCAAACUCAGGGCAUUUUACCUGGAACGGUCUAACCUGCCCACGGAUGCCAGCACCACGGCGGUGAAGAUAGACCAGCUGAUUCGCCCCAUCAACGCCCUGGACGAGCUCUGCCGCCUCAUGAAGUCCUUCGUCCACCCCAAGCCUGGUGCCGCCGGGAGCCUGGGCACCGGCCUCAUCCCCAUCUCCUCCGAGCUCUGCUACCGCCUGGGGGCCUGCCAGAUCGCCAUGUGCCGCACAGGCAUGCAGAGGAGCACCCUGAGCCUCUCCCUGGAGCAAGCGGCCAUUCUGGCGCGGAGCCACGGGCUGCUGCCCAAGUGCAUCAUGCAGGCCACGGACAUCAUGCGGAAGCAGGGCCCCAGGGUGGAGAUUUUGGCCAAAAACCUCCGGGUCAAGGACCAGGUGCCCCAGGGCGCUCCGCGGCUCUACCGCCUCUGCCAGCCGCCGGUGGACGGAGACCUCUAA